GGCGCCUAGAGGCCACGUCGACGGUGGCGGGGCGGGGCGACGGAUGGCGCGCGUGCGUGCCCCGCCCCUCCUGUGCGGCCCGGAUGAAGAGUAACGCCAUUACUGCCAGAGCCACCGAGAGCCCUAGCGGACGCGCACUGGACGCUGACCGGCCGCACCAUGAGACUCCUCCCCCGCCUGCUGCUGCUGUUCCUGCUGGCCUUCCCCGCCGCCGUGCUGCUCCGAGGCGGCCCCGGAGGGUCAUUAGCCAUGGCUCAAGAUCUUACAGAAGAUGAAGAAACAGUGGAAGAUUCAAUAAUUGAAGAUGAAGAUGAUGAAGCCGAAGUAGAAGAAGAUGAACCCACAGAUUUGGCAGAAGAUAAAGAAGAAGAUGAUGUGUCUAGUGAGCCAGAAGCUUCACCAAGUGCAGACACAACUAUUCUAUUUGUAAAAGGAGAAGAUUUUCCAGCUAACAACAUCGUGAAGUUCCUGGUUGGCUUUACAAACAAGGGGACAGAAGAUUUUAUUGUUGAAUCGCUAGACGCCUCAUUCCGUUAUCCCCAGGACUACCAGUUUUACAUCCAGAAUUUCACUGCUCUUCCUCUAAACACUAUAGUGCCGCCCCAGAGACAAGCGACUUUUGAGUAUUCAUUCAUUCCUGCAGAGCCUAUGGGGGGACGGCCCUUUGGUCUGGUCAUCAAUCUGAACUACAAAGAUUUGAACGGCAAUGUAUUCCAGGAUGCUGUCUUCAAUCAGACAGUCACAGUUAUUGAGAGAGAGGACGGGUUAGAUGGAGAAACAAUUUUUAUGUAUAUGUUCCUUGCUGGUCUUGGGCUUCUAGUUGUUGUUGGUCUUCAUCAACUCCUCGAAUCUAGAAAGCGCAAGAGACCCAUACAGAAAGUAGAAAUGGGUACUUCAAGUCAAAAUGAUGUUGACAUGAGCUGGAUCCCUCAGGAAACUUUGAAUCAGAUCAUGCAGAGUAGAAGAGAUAAAGCUUCUCCAAGAAGGCUGCCCAGGAAGCGGGCACAGAAGAGAUCGGUGGGAUCUGAUGAGUAAAUGUUGUCUGUGCAACAGUCCAGUCUGUGCUUCCCCUGCCCUCGUGUUCUCGGCCUCCUGGGAAUUAGUGCAGAGAAGCCAUGUCACCAUAGACAGCAACUUCUGCUUAUGUGUGGACUGAGCAGUCGGAGUCUGUGGCCAUAAGAUUGCUGAAAAUGCACUGCAUUGGUUUUCUAAAGUAACAAAUUUGGGUUUUUUUUUAAACCAUUAAACUAUGUGGGUGUGGAUGUCUGUGAGCAGUGUCUUAACCGGAAUCAUUGUUAAACUCCCUGAACACGCACGCCUUUGGAAUGCUCAGCAAAGCGCCCUUGCCGCUUCCCUUGUCGCUUCCCUUGUGAUAGGUUCCACUUUUGCCCCCAGUUCAAUUAAUAUUUUUUUCCCAGUGUGGUUUUAGGUGAAUUGUUUUGAGGAAAUAAUUUAUUUCUUGGAAUCGAUCAAACCCAAACUGAUGGCACAAGCCAGCCUUUUGCUUGCUGUCUGCCACAGCUUGUAUUCUAAGUGCACAGCGGGUGGCUGCUGUGUGAGCAUCAGAGGCAUGCUGGGUAGCUUGCUGCUCUUUGCUGUGUGCACCCUUGAGGAACUUACCAAUGGACUCACUAGCAAGAAAUUGUGAAGCCUGACAGUUCUUCUGACACUAGUAUAUAAAUCCUAAUUCUAUGCCUGUUUUUUGUUAAAGAAUAGUAUGUCUGUGCAAACUGGGCUGUUGUGUCGUCCAUUGUUCUGUGUGGCCUGGGAGCCUCUGGGGUGACCUCUUUUUCUUUGCUUGUUUGUUGGCUUUAAGCAGACAUUUUGUUCUUAUUAGAAAGAAAGAAUUUUUAAGAAAAAAUUGUCAUGGCCUAUAAUCCAAGGGGAUCACAUUUUAGGGGCAGGAAUACAUUUUAAUUAAUCCUAAUCUCCAGAAAUCUUAAUUGGAAAGUUUUUAAGUAGUUACAGGGUUUAUCCUUUGACCCUAUCUUUUGGGGGUUUUGAAUGUUGACCUACUUUUUUGCCUUUUUAAUAUGAAAAAUUCUCCAAGCACUUAAGAUUUCAAGACCAAAAUUAGUUGGGUUUGAUGAAAUGACUUUAGUUACUCCUGCCUGACCUAGUGAAUUACCUUUGGCGUUGUUGUCACACUUACUAGAAGUUAAAGUAAUGUUGAAUGUGACUGGGUAAGAGGCUUACUUUCCUCUGUCUUUGAAGCCAUAUUCUCCCUGAGUGUAUUCUAAGGAAGUGGUAAUUUCAGUAGCUCUUCUCUUCCUGACCUUUUUCAUUCUUGUUUUCUUGUGGUCCAAUCCCUUCCACACACACCUAAAGGAAAGCAACAAAAUAAAACACAGAAACAAAACUUGUAAGCUGUUUAACGUGUAAGCCAAAGCCAAAAAUGAUUGAAGGUCUUCUGUGUCUUCUGUAAUUGUUAAUUACUUUGCAACGGGGCUGAAAUGUCAAACUGCCUGUAUUUGCAUUUCUGGACUGUAAACUUUGUAUGUAAUAUAAUGUGUGUGGUUUUUAAUUGAGCUGUAUAAUCUGUUUAUUUUGAGACCUGCGGAACUUAUGGUUUUUGACUUGAUGUAAUAUAGGAGACCCUUCUCAUUCUCAAACAUUUUCCAGAACCUUCUCUGAAUAUCUAAAUUUGGUAAGCUACUAUACAGUAAGGUAUAGAUAAUUAAAAACCUUUAAAUGGCCCAUAGUGUUUAACUAAAUAACAGAUAAAACAUGGGGAGUUGCAGAAACUACACUUAACAGCUACCGCGUUGUCAUCCCUGAGUAAUUGCCUUAUAUACCAGCUCUUUUGUUUCUGAGGUCCAGAUUAGAUCCUCAGGAGUGUAGAAUGUAUUACUUUUUAGUAUAGACUGGUAACAGUUGAAAACUUGAGUCUUCAGGUGCCAGGCGUCUACUAUAGCAUCAGUAAGUAUUUAGCAGAAACUAACUCCAUAAUGAAUGGAAUUCAAUUCCACACAUGGUUUGUUCAAGCACACUUAAUAAGUAGUCUACUUUUAAAUGUCUUUUUUAAAAAUGUAAAUACUUGGAUGAAGCUUUUCUUUGUUUCAAUAUAGUCAUUUACAUCAUGAA